AUGAGGAACUUAAAGGAAGAAUUAAGGAAGGAAAUAGAACUUUGGAAAAAAGAAAAAGGGGAAUUGCAAUUUUUACGUGAAAAGGAUGAUGCAUUGGCUUUGGAAGAAGCAACUGCAGCCGCACGUGCAGCUGCAGCAGCCUAUGCUGCCGAAUCGCCAUUAUCUAACAAUCUGGGGGAUGUUUUAGAUAUCUCAUCAGAGGAUGCGUUCAGAGAAUUGACAAUACUCGAAUAUGAGAAACGUUUGGCUAAAUAUCAAGACGAAUACUCAUUUAUUCAGGCGGAAAAGCGUUAUAAUGCCCGAUGGAAAAUGAUAGCAAACGCGUAUAAGCAGAAAUUGAUGGAAGUGGAACGACUCUGUAACGAGGAAUUAGAGAAAGUUCAAAAAAAUGUGAAUCAUUUGCAACCGCUGAAAGAAAUGGUAUCACAAUGGUAUCUCGACGAAGAAAACCAUGGUGAUUCGAUCAGAAGAACCGAUUUUGCUGCAAAUGUCCAGAAACUCAAUACUUUCAAUGAGAAUAAUAUGCUCAAUCGUCACACAUUGCAAAAGAUAGACGCGGAAGUCAAUAUGGCACCAGAAAUAUUCGUUGCUCGAUUCAAAUCCGACGAUCCAACAAAAAUAGAUAAACUUUAUGGAUAAAUCUCUUCCCAUACUUAUAAUAAUACUUUUAAUUCAACGUUUUCGGGAUACAUUUGAUAUACACAUAUUCGUAUUACUUCUCACAUAUUAGAAACAGAAUUACAAUUUACAUAAAUCUUAAAUUUUAAUUUUAGACGCCAUUUUGAAUAAAUAAAUAAUCUAUCGUAAAAAAAUAUACAUACCUUUACAUUAUUUCAUGUUGUUACUCCGUGAAGGAUAUUUCCAUUCAUCAUGAGAAAUUUUGAUAAUGCAGUUGCAUUCAAAUUAAGGCAAAAUGUCUACGCUUCUCUAGGGGCUACGGAUAUGGGAAAGUGAUUGCAAAAGUUUUGAAGAAUUACCGAUACAUACUAUAUAAUUUUGCAAGACUACAAUUGUACAACAACUUUGAUGCAAAUUGGUUUGUUUAAAACAAUAUUUGAGAACUAAUACGUAAAAGUAU